AUAUAGAGGAGAGAAGAAGUAGAAUGUAUUCUGCGGGCCCUCCAGCCGUGUCGGUACAAUCUCUACGACGCGCUCUCGCAUUUUCUAGCUGGCUGCUGGAGCCGGCAGGACAGACUGCGGACCCUCCUUCCAUACUGGCACGCCGGGCUUUAGGUUCAGUUCUUAUAGAAACAAAGGAAAGGAGACUGGGAAAAUGAAAAGUGUGAAAAAAUAACUUUCAAAAAAGUGUGCAGCCGCAAUUCCUGUAGAUUUGAAGCUAAAACUUUGCACACUUGUUGGGUUUAAUAUAUACUUUUAGAAUAUAUUAUACAAAUCCGCAAAAAUAUUAUAUUUCGCCUUAAAUAAACAUAAAACAGUAAAAGCAAUUAAAUUUAAUUGCCACUUUUCUACAGCUUUAGUGAAAUAUAUCCAGAAGAUUUAGAUUAUUGUGAAGACAUGAUGAGAAUAAGUGAGAAAUAUUUACUACUUCAAGUAGACAAAUUAUAAAAUUGUGUUAUGUUGUGUAUAACAUGUGCAAAAUGUGAAUUUACAUAAAAAAGACCAAUCUUAGGAGAGUAUGGAAGGAAUGUCAACUCUCGGCCCCCCUCCUGGUUCUUUUUCCCUUCCACCUGGGGCCCUGCCGCCCCCUGGGUCCUUAGCAGGACCUGGAGGAGGUCCUCUUGGUCCCUACAGGAGUAUAUACGAAGAUAUGAUGGACCGAGAGAUUCAGAAGGGUUUGGACUAUCAGAGGUUAGCUGAAAGUCAUAGACUUGGUGAGCUAAGAGCAGCUGAAGCAAGAUACCUGGCAGGACUUCAUAAAGAUUCUCUUGGUGGACUACCACCCGGUCACCCGGCUGGACUACCACCUGGGCAUCCGGGCACCUUACCGCCCGGUCACCCAGCCGGACUACCACCCAGUCAUCUACCCGGACUUCCACCUGGUCACCCAGCUGGACUACCACCUGGUCACCCAGCCGGACUACCAGCCGGUCUCCCGGCCGGCCUACCACCCGGUCAUAUUGCUGGACUACCACCUGGUCACCCAGGUGGAUUAUCUGGGCAAUAUCCGGGCCUCUAUCCUCCUCCAGGCUCCCUCCUGCCUCCUUCGGACCCAUACAGACCUCCUUUCCCUGGAGUCCAGGGGUACCCUCCAACCUCCUAUACAGCCCCCCACCCCCCGACCUCCUUCAACCCCCCGCAUUCAGCCAACAAUUCAGGAUUAAGUGACCGGCUUCGUGUCGGGUUCGGAGAAAGGUCUCCCAACCAUCCUCGGAAUAUCCAGGAACGGGUUAUAUUUACAUCAGCCCAAGCCGAGGUGUCCUCUACUGUCUCUACUUCCAGUGUAGUUUCGAGUGUUCUGAGCACACACAAGCCUCUGAGGUCGUCGGAGGUCCGGGAGAUCAAGGAGGACGAUGACGAGGUUGAGAUUAUCGAGGCUGACGAGGCUGUAGUUGAGGAUGAGGAUGAGGAUGAACUCCUGGUGGAUGAUUUUGAUGGAGAAUGUUGUAGAACCUAUCCGUUCAAUCAUUCAAAAAUUCUCAGGUGGCGAGAGGACAGGAAUAAGAAGGAGGUGGAGAGAAGGAGGGCUGAAGAGAAAAAGAAGGAUGUCGAAAAGAAAAGAGAAGACGACAGACGACGGGAGGACGAAAGAAGGAGAGAGGACGAGAGAAGGAGAGAGGACGAGAGAAGGAGAGAGGACGAGAGAAGGAGAGAGGAUGAAAGGAGAAGAGAUAAAACAUCUCAUAAAAAUGAAUCUGGUCAUUCUACUGGCUGUAUACCUGUUGAUCAGUUCAAUGUUUAG